UGUUGCUAUCUGUCUUGCCUACAUGGGAAUCACUUGGAAUGGUCUGCAGACCUCGAGCAAAAGAGGUCUUGCCGAAUUUGUCUGAAGGUGGUGAUAUUAUUCUGGGCGGCAUAUUUUCGGCACAUUUAGAUGUGAAACAUGAUGUUCCAUCAUUUGCUAUUAAGCCAAAUGACAUCCAAUGCGAAAGCUUUGACAUGACGAAGUAUCGUCUGAUGCAGACCAUGAUAUUUGCUAUUGAAGAAAUAAACCGGAGUAAAACUCUACUUCCGAAUAUCACUCUGGGUUAUGAGAUCUACGACGACUGUUCGACGUCAGCGAUAGCAUUGAAAGCAGCGCUGGCUUUGGUUAAUGGAAAGCAAGAACGAAUUGAAUAUCCUGAAUGUAAAGGUUCUUCCAACGUUGCAGCUAUUAUUGGUUGUGAUAUAUCCACGUCCUCCAUUGCAGCCGCAACGACAAUUGGACAGUUCAGAAUCCCAAUGGUUAGCUACUUCUCCACUUGCUCCUGUCUGAGCGACAAGCAGGAGUAUCCCACUUUCUUUAGAACGAUACCAAGCGACAAAUAUCAGUCCAAACUUCUUGCUGAACUUGUGAAAACGUUUGGCUGGAAUUGGAUUGGGACUAUUAGAAGCAACACAGAUUAUGGGAAUUUUGGAAUGAGAACAUUUAUCGAAGAGGCCCAAAAACAUGGGAUUUGCAUCGCGUACUCUGAAUCGUUUUACAGAACCGAUCCCACUGAGAAAAUCAGGAAAAUUGUUCACGUAAUGAAAGAGGCAACGACAAACGUUGUGAUUGGAUUUCUGCAUGGCGGAGACAUGCGAGUGUUAAUUAAAGAGAUUUUGCGCCAAAAUAUAACGGGAAUACAAUGGAUUGGAAGUGAAGGUUGGGUGACAGAAGAUAUUUUCUCACCUGAAGAAAGAGGAAGGUUUCUUAUUGGGGCCAUCGGUCCAUCAACCCGUAGAACGGAAAUAGACGGCCUCAGAGAUUAUCUUGUGAAAAUCCACCCUUCCAGGUUUCCUGACAGCAUAUUUGUGAAGAAGUUUUGGGAAACUGUAUUCUCGUGCACUUUAACAAACGGCAACAGGACCAUGACUGGAAGUUCUGCAAGUAAUGUGCAGCCAUGCACAGGUAAUGAACAUUUGGAUGGUUUAGAAAAUGCCUACCUUCCAGCGAUAAUGGACGGAAGUUCCUACCACGUUUAUAAAGCGGUAUAUGCCGUCGCCCAUGCACUUGACGAUAUGCUGUCCUGUGAAGAAGGCAAUGGCCCGUUUAUGAAUAAUACUUGUGCUCAUAUUUUAAGCUUUGAGCCCUGGCAGUUGCUACAUUACCUACAGUCGGUAAAUUUCACUGCUAAGAAUGGAGAAAUCGUGCAUUUUGACGCAAGUGGAGAUCCAGUCGCAACGUAUGAAUUAGUAAAUUUACAAAUGAAUUUGGAAGGAUCAAUUGAAAUUGUAAAUAUUGGAUAUUAUGAAAGUUCAGCACCAGAGGGUCAAGAACUUGUCCUGAACAUCGGAGAUAUUAUUUGGAGCUCCAGAGGAAAGCAGAUUCCACGUGCCCUUUGUUCUGAACCUUGCGCUCCCGGGACAAGAAAGGUCAGCAGGAAAGGUCAGCCAACUUGUUGUUUCGACUGCGCAGAGUGCGCCGAUGGUGAGAUCAGCAACGUCACAGAUUCUACCGAUUGCGUGAAGUGUCCUUUGGAAUACUGGUCCAAUCAGCAAAAAGAUCGAUGCAUUCCCAAAAAGAUUGAAUUUCUUUCUUUCCAAGAGGUUCUCGGCUGCGUCUUAGUGGCCCUUGCUUUAUUGGGAGUGUGCCUUGCACUGGGUGCAGCUGCUGUCUUUUUCCACUUUCGGGGAACUCCUAUCGUUCGAGCGAACAAUUCGGAGCUGAGUUUCCUACUUCUCUUUGCGCUAACGCUUUGCUUCCUGUGCUCACUCACCUUCAUUGGGAAACCGACCGGAUGGUCCUGUAUGUUGCGGCGGACUGCGUUUGGAAUUGUGUUUGUUCUGUGUAUUUCCUGUAUUUUGGGGAAAACUAUUCUUGUCGUGAUCGCUUUUAAAGCAACUCUUCCCAACAACAACAUGAUGAACUGGUUUGGCCCGAUGCAGCAACGGUUAGGAGUGUUUAGCCUCACAUUUCUUCAAGGUUUAAUUUGCACGAUCUGGCUCAUUGUAUCACCUCCCCAUCCAAUGAAAAACAUGACGUAUUAUAGAAACAUUAUAAUUUUGGAAUGUGAUAUGGGUUCUUUAAAAGCCUUUUAUUUUGUGUCCAGCUAUAUUGGUACACUCUCUACUGUUUGUUUCCUGCUAGCUUUCCUUGCUCGGAAACUUCCAGACAAUUUUAAUGAUGCGAAGUAUAUAACUUUCAGUAUGUUGAUCUUCUGUGCUGUUUGGAUCACUUUUAUUCCGGCUUAUGUCAGCUCUCCUGGAAAGUACACGGUGGCCGUCGAAGUGUUCGCUAUUUGGGCGUCAAGCUUUGGUUUGCUUAUUUGCAUUUUUGCUCCGAAAUGUUAUCUCAUUUUACUGAAACCGGAGAAUAACACAAAGAAAAACAUGAUGGGCAAAGGCUCUUCACUGUAG